AUGGAAAAGCCUUCCCUAAAUGUCUAUGGGCAAGCCCAGCUACCACCAGGGCCAAGAUGGUUGCCGAUCGUAGGCAACAUGUUCCAACUCGGUUUGUCUCCCCAGCAGUCAUUUGCCAAACUGGCUGGCAUCCAUGGUCCAAUCAUGACAAUAUGGCUUGGUUCUAUGUGCAGCGUGGUCAUCUCAUCCAACGAGGUGGCUCGGGACAUGUUCAAGAACCAUGAUGCGGUUCUAGCAGGAAGAAAAAUCCUGGAGGCAAUGAAAGGAGAGGGCAAUAAUGAAGGGUCUAUGAUCACAGCUCAAUAUGGACAACAUUGGCGAAUGCUAAGACGACUUUCCACUACAGAGUUCUUUGCUGCAAGCCGGCUAGACUCCUUCCAAGGGGUUCGAAGUAGGUGUAUAGAUAGAAUGGUACAAUUCGUAGAAGAAGCUGGUAGAAAUGGCACUCAAGCCAUAGAUGUUGGAAGAUUCGUUUUCUUGAUGGCUUUUAAUCUUCUUGGAAACUUGAUGUUCUCUAAAGAUUUAUUGGACCCAAAAUCAGAGAAGGGAGCUAAGUUCUUCUACCAUGCAGGGAAGGUGAUGGAGUUGACAGGAAGGCCUAACAUAGCAGAUUUCGUACCAAUUUUUAAAUGGUUUGAUCCGCAAGGUAUAAGGAGAAAUGCCCAAUUCCAUGUGGAAAGAGCAUUUGAGAUUGCAAGUGGCUUCAUCAGAGAAAGAAUGGAGACUAUGGAAAACGGAGGAAGUGAUGAAGGGAAGAAGAAGGAUUUUCUGGAUGUGCUUUUGGAGUUUCGUGGUCAUAAUGAGGAGACUUAUAGGUUUUCUUCAAAAACCAUAAAUAUUAUAAUCUUUGAAAUGUUUAUGGCAGGGACUGAUACAACCACAAGCAUUUUAGAAUGGGCAAUGGCAGAACUUUUACACAAUCCAAAGGAGCUAGAAAACGUCCAAGCUGAGAUUAGAAGCACUAUUGAGCCCAACAACAAGCUUGAAGAGAAGGACAUUGAUAAUCUUCCGUACCUAAAAGCAGUCAUAAAAGAAGCCCUAAGACUUCACCCACCACUCCCUUUCUUAGUUCCACAUAUGGCCAUGGACUCUUGCAAGAUGCAAGGUUAUUAUAUCCCUAAAGAAACACAAAUUCUAGUAAACGUGUGGGCAAUAGGAAGAGACCCAAAGAUUUGGGACAAGCCUUUAAAUUUUAAGCCAGAGAGGUUCUUGGGGUCAAAGAUGGUGGAUUAUAAAGGGCACCAUUUUGAGUUUAUACCCUUUGGUUCUGGACGUAGAAUGUGCCCUGCAGUUCCUCUUGCUUCCCGCAUUCUUCCAUUGGCUUUAGGGUCUCUUUUAUAUGCAUUUGAUUGGGUUUUGGCUGAUGGACUCAAAGUGUCAGACAUGGACAUGUCUGAAAAAAUAGGGAUUACACUUAGAAAAUCUAUUCCCUUGAGGGCUAUUCCUCUGCCUCACAAGUUCAAAGGAGCAUCACAGUAAUGUUGUUAGAUUAAGGACAAUUAAAUAUUUGAUUUGGUCUCUCUACUAUUUAAGACAAAAAAAAGUUUACCAAUUGUCUGCUAAAUAGUGCUGAUAUAUUAUUUGAUAGGCGAAAAAUGGGGAUGAAUGAAAAAAAAGAAAAAGAAAAAAGAAAUUGAUUACAUAUUAGGUAAUUAUUUGACGUGUAAUAAUAAAUUCUUAAAGUAAAUAAUACUUGUAUUGAUCAA